AUGUCAUCAAAACCUGAUAAUGAACAAGAUGUUGAAAAUGCUUCGCCCACGAUAACGCCCCCAGCGACUCCAGAGGCAACCGAGCCUUACAGCAUAUUUGACAGUCGACAAAGGGCCUUCAUCGUGAUAAUAGUCUCCACAGCAGCAACAUUCUCUGGAUUUGCAUCCAACAUCUACUUCCCGGCCCUCCCUACUAUCGCGAAGGACCUCAAUGUCUCUGUCGAGCUCGUCAAUCUUACAGUCACUUCAUACCUCAUCUUUCAGGGAAUUGCUCCUAGCUUGUGGGGUCCCGUUUCUGAUGUCAAGGGACGUCGAGUUGCAUACUGCUGUACCUUUCUCGUCUUCGUCGGUGCAUGUAUCGGCCUUGCUGAGACCAAGAACUAUGCCACUUUGAUUGUUCUCCGAUGUCUCCAGAGCACGGGAAGUGCGAGCACAAUCGCCAUUGGCUCUGGUGUCAUUGGAGAUAUCACCACUCGAGCGAACCGCGGAAGUCUCAUGGGCAUCUUCCAAGCCGGUCUGCUCGUUCCCGUUGCUAUUGGUCCUGUGAUUGGAGGUGCUAUUGCCGGAUCGUUAGGAUGGAAGGCCAUAUUUUGGUUUUUGACAGCAUAUGGCGGCGGUUUCUUGUUGUUCCUCAUUGUCUUUCUGCCGGAAACUCUUCGAUCCAUUGUCGCAAACGGCAGCCGAACCCCGUCAUCGCUCAUCGGAAGAUAUCCUCUUACCGUAUACCAAAGACUCUCAAAGAUUGAAUGGAAUCGGGAGGCAUCGACUGCAGCCCCAGACGCGAAGAAACGCAUUGAUAUUUUCGGUCCUUUCCGAAUUCUCAUCAGCAAGCACGCGACUCCCAUCAUCGUCUUCCUGUCGAUAUACUAUGCCGUCUGGCAAAUGAGCAUCACUGCCAUGUCGACUCUCUUUGAGCAAAAGUACAACUUGAAGGAGACGCAAAUUGGUCUGACGUUUAUUGCCAACGGAGUGGGCUCCAUGGUAGGAACUCUCAUCACGGGAAAAAUCCUCGACAAGGACUACAAAAAAGUCAAGGCCGCCUAUGACGCUCAAGUAGCUCAGACGGAUCUCGAAAAUGGUACCGAGCUUACUCGCUCUGCUACUCAAUCAGAAGAAGAUUUCCCCAUUGAAAAGGCUCGCCUUCGUCUGAUCCCCGUCUUCUCCAUCAUUCAAUGCCUGUCGAUUCUUUUGUUCGGCUGGACAAUCAAUUACCCUCAUCGAGUCCCCAUCGCUAUUCCCAUUAUAUCUACAUUCAUCACUGGCUGGACUGCCGUCUCGACGCAAUCCACCAUCAUGACAUACCUCGUCGACAUCUUUUCGGAUCGCAGCGCUGCGGCCAGCGCCAGCUUGAACCUCGCGAGAUGUCUCUUUGCUGCCGGCGGCACCAGUCUGGUGAUGCCGAUGUUCGUCGCGCUUCUUGGACCGGCUAUUCAGUGGAAGUUUGCCGCUGGUUGGCGGAAGCAGGCCCGGAUGCAGAAAAAGUAA